AUUAACUUUUGAGGAUUUGCGGUCUGCAGGUCGGCGUUUUUGCUUUGUCUUUAGGUUUUUGUGUGUUUUUUGCGAUGAAGAUCGUGAGUAGAGCAGAUUUUUGUUUACCUUUUACUAUUACAGUAAUUUCAUAGCAGUCAACUUCUUUUUACACUUGAAUGACACUUGAGUGACCCUUAACUAAUCUCGUUAGUUCCAUUUAUGUACAGUAGUAACCAGCGCAUGUGAGAAAUCACUCAUUUGAACCACCAUUGAAAUGUGACUGACAGAAAGCUUGAUCCUGUCAACACACUUCUCACCAUGCAAUAUGCCUGAAAUGUAAUUUGAAUAUCAAAAUGCACAUAACACAAGUCAAGAGUUCUCAUUUGUCACUGCCGUGAUGCUUUGCAUGCAUCUGUCGUGCGGGACACCACAAUAUUGACAAAAAAUAUUUCAGUCCCUCCCCAGUUAUCUAUAGCGCUUAAAUUAUGAUAGUUGGCUUCUUCCCUCACCUUCUUGUUACUCGAGUACAUGUAUUUACUAGGUACUUUCUCAUGUGUGUGUGAUGCAUACACAGACCCAUUUUCUGGACUAUAUUUGUCACUCACUGGCCCUCUUUCUAUAAAUGUUCUCUCAAGGGGAGGAGUUAGAGGAGGAGGUCAAGGAAGCGGCAGAUAAAGAAAAGGCGUGAAGGAAGGAAGGAUGGAACAGAGCGAUGAAAGGACUGGUUCAACCACCAGAGGGCAGCAUCGUUAUGCUGGAUAGACCGCUAAAGCUGGAAAACACACACUAACCUCAAGACUCAUGUCGUAGUAGUCUCUUUCGGCUCUCGUGUCGUAAAGGCUCUCAUGUCAUAGUGGAACCUCAAGGCACACAUGUUGUAGUUGACUCUUAAGCCUCUCAUGCUGUAGUUGACUUUUUGGACUCGCGUUGUCAUAAUUGACUCUCAAGGCUCACAUGGGCAGUUGCCCAGGGCGGCAUUCUCCAGGGGUCGCCUCAGCACGGGAAAGAAAAAAAUCAUAUUUACUAAUACUCAGCGUUCAUCAAAUCCUCAUCAAGUCAGCACAUACUGUAUGUGUGGCAGAUGGGCGCCCUCUGCAGGCGUGAUAGUCGCGCCCCCAUGCUGGUCAAACGUGAUCAAAGGUCCACCACGCGAUGUGAAUCAAACCAAAGAAGAAGCGAGGGGGUGCCGCUGGGCCUCACCCUCAGAUUAAUUACAAGGAGAGUCGUCGCCAAGUCAGUCGUGCAGAAGCAGACGCUGGAGUCGGGUGGCAUCGCGGACUGGAGUGAGAGCGCCCAGUGUGGAGAUCACGUGUGGUUCGAGGCGAGCGCAUCAGGAGACGUUUGCUACGUGGGCGAGCAGCGCUGUUUGGCCAAGUCUUUGCAAAAGUCAGCAGCCAGGAAGAAAUGUGCGGCCUGUAAGAUCUCAGUGCACGUGACGUGCAUGGAGCAGCUGGACAAGAUCAACUUCAAGUGCAAGCCGUCAUUCAGGGAGGCAGGGUCUCGCAUGGCUCGAGAGGGCAAUGCCGUGCGCCACCAUUGGGUCCAUCGGCGGCGCCAGACAGGAAAAUGCCGCCAGUGCGGAAAGGGAUUCCAAGCCAAGUUUUCGUUUCACAGCAAAGAGAUCAUCGCCAUCAGCUGCUCGUGGUGCAAACAGGCGUACCACAACAAGGUGACGUGUUUCAUGCUGCAGCACAUCGAAGAGUUCUGCUCACUUGGUGCCCACGCCGCCGUCAUCAUCCCACCCACAUGGAUCCUGCGAGUGAGGCGACCUCAGACGUCGCUGAAGUCGAGCAAGAAGAAAAAGACGUCGUUAAAAGUAAACAAGACCAACAAAAAGGCAGCAGAGGUCAGGAUGUGGCGCCAGCUCUUCUUAUUGGUGUUGAGCUUAGCUGUGUUGGCAUUUCGCAUACCUGAUGCUGUAUUUGUAUCUCAGCCCCAAGAUGGCUGCUGGAAGCCCUUCCUGGUCAAGCCCCGCCCCUCUCAGCUCAUGAAGCCCCUGCUGGUGUUUGUCAACCCCAAGAGCGGAGGAAAUCAGGGCGCCAAAAUCAUCAAGUCAUUCAUGUGGUACUUGAACCCUCGACAGGUGUUUGACCUGACCAGAGGAGGACCUGCGGAAGGAUUGGAACUUUUUGCCAAAGUACCCAACUUGAGGAUCCUGGUGUGCGGCGGCGACGGGACGGUGGGAUGGAUUUUGUCCGUGUUGGACCAGCUGAAGCUCCACCCCCAGCCACCUGUGGCUGUCCUUCCUCUGGGAACAGGAAAUGACUUGGCGAGGACGCUCAAUUGGGGAGGGGGUUACACGGAUGAGCCUCUCGCCAAAAUCCUGUCGCACGUGGAGGACGGUAACAUCGUGCAGCUAGACCGCUGGAACAUACACGUGGAGGUCAACAAACAUUGUGAGGAAAGCGAGGAGCAUCAAGCCAACAAGCUCCCCAUGGACGUGUUCAACAACUACUUCAGUCUGGGCUUCGACGCUCACGUCACGCUGGGCUUCCACGAGUCCCGAGAGGCCAACCCAGAGCGGUUCAACAGUCGCUUUAGAAACAAAAUAUUCUACGCUGGGACAGCGUUUUCAGACUUCCUCAGUGGGAAUUCCAAAGAUUUGUCCAAGCACAUCACAGUUGUGUGUGACGGUGUGGACCUGACAACCAAAGUCCAGGAGCUGAAGCUCCAGUGUCUCCUCUUCCUCAACAUCCCCAGGUACUGCGCUGGGACAACACCGUGGGGUCACCCCAGCGAACAUUACGAUUUUGAGCCGCAGCGCCUUGACGAUGGCUGCAUCGAGGUCAUCGGCUUCACCAUGACCUCUCUGGCUACACUGCAGGUCGGCGGUCACGGCGAGAGGCUCCAGCAGUGCAAGGAGGUGACGCUAACCACCAACAAGGUCAUCCCCAUGCAGGUGGACGGUGAGCCGUGCAAGCUGGCGCCCUCCAUCAUCCACAUCAGCCUGAAAAACCGGGCCAACAUGGUCCAGAAGUCCAAGAGAAGGUUCUCCAUGGCACACCUCCACAAUCAGCAACUGGUCCCUGAGAAACUAGAUGUCCAAGUGAACAAGAUCAACAUGGCUGCCUACCAAGCUCUCCAUUAUGACAAAGACCAGCUGAAGGAGUCAUCGGUUCCUCUGGGCGUUGUGAGCGUACCCGGGGAUAGCGACCUGGAAAUGUGUCGCCUCCUCAUCCAGCGUCUUCACAACGACCUGGACCAGGACGGAGCGGCCGCGGCGGCCGACAAGCUGUCAGUCAACUGGUGCUUCCUUGACUGUACCACUGCUGACCGCUUCUACCGCAUCGACAGAGCUCAGGAGCACCUCAACUUGGUGAGCGACGUUUGCCAGGAUGAGCUCUACAUCCUGGACCCAGAAGUGGUGGCCAAGGAGACGUUGGCCCCGCCCACCAUGCCUGACCUGGUGCACCCCGACGAGCGCCAGGACCAGCUGGGCCUCGUCUGCAGCUCUUCCAGCGGCGCUGCCUCACGUCACACUGAUGGUGAAGAAGAAGACGUGAUGGCGUGCGUCCACACUCAAGACGAGGACAAAAUGGCUGCCAGCAGGAAGUGAUGUCACGCAUGUAACCUCAAGCUCACAUUGUUGAACAUGAUUUUAAUUCUAUUUAACAUGAAACAAGAUUUUAAACAUAUUUAAUAUUAAACAUUUAGCAGUAAACACUUUUAAACAUAUCUUUACAUUGAACAUGACUUCUAAACACAUUUAAGAUUAAAUUAUUAAACACAAUAUUAAACAUUUGUUCAUUAAGGACAAUUUUAAAGUGUGUUUUCUUGUAAAUUAUUUAUCCAAUGAAUGAUCAAAUCAAGUCAAUAAAGAUGAAAUGUAAUUAAACACGGGCGAUGAUUCAGUCAUUAAUCAAAUCAAACAAUCACGAACACAAAACUUGUUCACACACAUUGAUGAAACCUAAUUCACUGGUUCACACACAUUAAG